GGCUGUUCUCGUGUGCCUGUUUUCUAUUUUACGUAAAUCAUGCUGAACAUGUUUGCAUCAACCUCCUGGUGAUGCACCUUUGAUCAAUAGAUUUUAGACAAAAGUGGUUUUUGAGUCCAAAGAUCAGGGCUGGGUUGACCUGCAGACUGGAUACAGGGUGUAUAAAACAGAGGCAAGGCGCAGGCUGAUAGCAGAGCAGUCACCACCAAGUCUGAAAAAACUGCCAAGGCACAGCUGAAGGCUUCCUGAAGGGCUAGUGUGUGAGGAUGGAGGAAGGAAUGAACGCUCUCCAUGACUUUGGGAUCCAGUCAACGCGCUACCUCCAGGUGAAUUACCAGGACUCUCAGGAUUGGUUCAUCCUGGUGUCCGUGAUUGCAGACCUCAGGAAUGCCUUUUAUGUCCUCUUCCCUAUCUGGUUCCAUCUUCGAGAAGCUGUGGGCAUCAAACUCCUCUGGGUAGCUGUGAUUGGAGACUGGCUCAACCUCGUCUUUAAGUGGAUUCUCUUUGGACAGCGGCCAUACUGGUGGGUCCAGGACACUGACUACUAUGGCAACACCUCUGUGCCGCUGAUAAAGCAGUUCCCGGUCACCUGUGAGACUGGCCCAGGAAGUCCCUCUGGCCACGCCAUGGGUACAGCAGGUGUAUACUAUGUGAUGGUCACAUCCACCCUCUCUAUCUUUCGGGGAAAGAAAAAGCCAACCUACAGAUUCCGGUGCUUGAAUGUCAUUUUGUGGUUGGGAUUCUGGGCCGUGCAGCUGAACGUCUGUCUGUCACGAAUCUACCUUGCUGCUCAUUUUCCCCAUCAAGUUGUUGCUGGAGUCUUGUCAGGCAUCGCUGUUGCUGAGACUUUCCGUCACAUCCAGAGCAUCUACAACGCCAGCCUCAAGAAAUACUUUCUCAUUACUUUCUUCCUGUUCAGUUUUGCCAUUGGAUUUUACCUGCUGCUAAAGGGGUUGGGUGUUGACCUCCUGUGGACUCUAGAGAAAGCCAAGAGAUGGUGUGAGCGGCCAGAAUGGGUCCACAUUGACACCACGCCCUUUGCCAGCCUCCUCAAGAACCUGGGGACCCUCUUUGGCCUGGGUCUGGCUCUCAACUCCAGCAUGUACAGGGAGAGCUGCAAAGGCAAACUUAGCAAGUGGUUCCCAUUCCGCCUCGGCUGCAUCGUGGCCUCCCUCAUCCUCCUGCAUCUCUUUGACUCUUUGAAACCCCCGUCCCAAACUGAGCUGAUCUUCUACAUCCUGUCCUUCUGCAAGAGUGCGGCGGUGCCCCUUGCGUCUGUCAGUCUCAUCCCCUACUGCCUCGCCUGGGUCCUGGGCCAGCCGAACAAGAAGACUUUGUAAAAGGAGACAGAAUCUUCAGUAUUUAAAGUCAGUGACGGCGCCAAGGAUUGAGGGUGGCUAGGGUCUCCUGCCAGCCCAUUUUGAGGCCAGAGGUGCUAGAGUCAGCUCAGGCAAUCCCCUUUGCAAUUCUAUUUGUAUUGGGUGAUGCUUUUUUUUUUUUGAAAAGCUAAUAAGGCUAUUUGAAGAAGCCUUAUUGGAAGUUGGGUCACUCUGGAUUUUCCCCCUGAAGAUUGACUUAUUCUUCUGUCAGAUAUACAGAAGCAAUACUUCUUGGUAGGGCCAGCAUAGUCCCAGGUUGGGGAUCACAACGGAAUUUUCUAUCCAUGCUCAUCCUUACCCAGAAAAGGAGCAAGGAGCAGUGGAUUGGAUAGGGACAGAAAGAUGGAUUAAGGAGGAUUUUUUAAAAUAUCUUGCAUAUUAUGUAAAUUGUAUGUCAAACAAUAUCUUAAUGGCUUUGAUCAUAUUCAAAGGUAAAGAACUCUCAACAGCGGGGGACCAACUUAAAGUACAACUAAUCGGUGGUUAGUGGGGUAACUGCUUCUUGUAUUUUUCUAUUAUAAAUCUAUGGUCAUUGUAUUUAUUAGGGUUUCUGAAUGGCUGCAGUGACCCAGAUAUUGUAGUAGGUCAGAACAUUCAGGCAAAGUUAGCUUCUCCUCAUAACAUUAGAUCUUCCUCAAUAUUAGCCCAGCUCUGCUUUCCCCAGAAUUUUCCACUGAUUCCAGACUCACCCUGCUGAACUUCAGAUGCCUAAAGGCAAGUCUGUGGUGGUGCUUUUGCAUGUUUCAGUUAAGCUCUGAAAUCUUGGGCAAAAUGGCAAGGAGAGGGCCAGGAUUCCUCUCUCCAGAAGGUCACUCCAACGUUACUUUUGAUUCCUGGAGGGUAUAUAUGACUCCUUUCUCUAUCCCAAGCCAAUGAAGAGCACAUUCUUGGAGGAAAAGCCAACUCCUCCUCGUCUGCUCUCCAGUCUCAACUGAUUUGCCAAAUGUCCUUUUAAAACAAAAUGUUGAAGUCUAUUUAUUUGAGUAGUCCUUGUUUUUGCUACUAAUUAUAUAGCUCACCAUAUAUUAUCAUUCACACCAGCCAUCCUGGUCAUAAAAUCUUUGCAAAGAAAAACAUAUACGUGCAGUAUUUUAUUAAAACAUUUUACUUAAAAGUGAAGUCUUGCUGAUUACUAUAUUUUAGAUGCAAUGUGAUCUAAAGGUUCUAAUUCUGGCAGCUAAAUUUCUAGAUCUUUCUCUAUUUCCCUAAACAAAUAAUUUUGUUUUUGUGUACUUAGGUUUUCUCUUUGGAGAAGGAAGGUGUUUUGUCUUGGGUUGCCCGAGAGUCCCAGACGGACUAGGGUGACUUACAAAGUGCCCACAGGGGCACAGGUAGAGUUGACCAUGUCAACAUAGGUACCAUGUCACUGAUCAAGACUGAACAUUUGUUACCAGACCACAGGGCAGCGUGAGUUGCUCUGUGGGAUCAAACUGGAACUUGAGGGUCAGACAGGCAGGGUCAUUACCAGACUAAGCAAUCAGGGAAUGUAAGUCACAGCAGCAGAAAAAGACAGGGCAGACUAUGGAAACCAAUAACCCAGUGUCAGCAAGGUUUUAGGUUAAAGUUAAGGAAAAUCUGAACAGGGUAAGUCAUAGCACCGAGGAAUGCUCAGCGGAGCUACUGAAAGUAUCUCUGUAGGAUUUAUUUCAUCCUGGGCCAGGGCCCACCUCCAACAGCCUUGACUCAUCAGCAUAACUCUGGAUCUACUGAGAGUGAGAGCUUAUCAUUCACUGCAGAACUUUGGGGUGUGACUCUUUAAGGAAAGUUGAGUCCUCCUACUGGAUUUGAUUUCUUCAGGGGGCGACCAGGCCCCUCCAAGACUCUAAUGGUCUCAUCAAGGGAGAAAGGAAAUGGUCUUGUUUUUGUCUGAAUUGAACCCCACUGCUUAGGCAUGGCCCCCAUCCUGGAUGAUUUAUUUGCUCUCAGGAACCAAGUCCAGACUCCUUGCAAUAAGAUUCUGGCAGAAGGUAAAUCAUAUCCCUGCCCCUGGCAGCUGGUAAGGUCGAUAAGGACACAUAAUAAAAGAUAAAUUUUGUUGAGUGCUUAAUAUAUGCCAGGCGCCGUUUUAAGCAUUUUAUUUAUGUAUAUAGUUAACUCACUUAAUUCUCCCAACGUCUCCGUGAGGUGGGUGCUAUAAUUUAUCCUCACAUUACACAUGAAUAGGCACAGAGAGGUUGGGUAUCUUGCCCAGAAUCGUGGAACCAAUUUAGGAGCCAGGCAGUCUGACUUCAGAGUCCAUACUCCACCUUCUACCCAACGGAUGCCAGUAAGACCAGUGGCGGUAUCAAACCAUUCUUCAGACACCAGCAGCAACUCUUAACUCAGACCAGGGAGAAUUUGAUUUCUUGUGGCCAAGGGACAUUAUAAAACUUAGAGUGAGUGAUCCUCCCAGUGAGCUAGCAUUUGUUUCUAAGUAUGAAGAUAUUGUAUUUCAAAGGUAAUUUCAUAAACUAACUAUUGAAAUAGGCAUAACCAUGAUAGAUUGAUAGCAGUGUCUAAGACAACCCUAGCUCUUUUCUUUCUUUCAAGGAAGAACUUAAAAGUCAUAUGCAGCCUGUCUGUGUCAGUGGUAGAAAGUAAAGAGAUACUGUGGAAGAUUGUUUAGAUCAGAGACUCCACAAAUACCUCACUGCCACCUUUCAUUGGGACAGGCGAAGUCUAGAAAUGAACAAGUUCUAAAGACUAAGAACUUGUGAUGGUUAAAGCCAGGCUGAUUGUCAGCCUGUGAUCAAUUUGUAAUAUAGCCAAUUUUUUUAAUAUACAUAUAUUUUUUAAUUGAAGUAGCCAAUGUAUUUUGACCAUGGAUCUGUUCCCCAUGUUACAGAUGUAUGUUUAUUUUAGAAAUGACUUGUGAAUUCUCAGGAUGGAAGUAAAGUAAAUUUAAGUAACCAAUGACAGUUUUCUUUCCCCACUGUUAAGUGACCGAUGACAGUUUUAAACGAACAUGUUUUGUUAUAGCACAAUUUGAUAGAACCUUUUUUGUCACUCUGUAAAGAAAGCUCACACCCAUUAGAAGUCACCUCUGUUUCACCCCUACUUAGCCAGCCUUUAUCAAUCGCUAAUCUACUCUCUGUCUCAGAGAUCUGCCUGUGCUAGACAUUUAAUAUAAAUGGAACCAUGUAACAUGUGACCUUUUGGAUCUGGCUUCUUUCACUUAACAGGAAGGAUGUUUUCAAGGUUCAUCCAUGUUGUAACAAGUAUUAGUACUUCAUUUCUUCUUAUGUUCAAACAGUAUUCCACCAUAUGCAUAAAUUUUGUUUGUCCAUUCUUUAGUUGAUGGAAAUUUGGAUUUCUUCCACUUUUUGACUAUUGUGAACAACACCGCUAUGAACCUAUGAACAUUGGUGUACGAGUUUCUGUGUGGAUGCAUGAUUUCAUUUCUCUAGGCAUAUCCCUAGGAGUGGUACUGCUGGAUUAAAUGGUAACUCUAAAUUAA